AUGGCAGAUCCUAUCGUGGACAUUGCUCCAGACCAAAUAUUCAUUGGUGCAGAGGAGCCCUCAGCGCAAGUGCACGACGUUGAGUCGAAGGGUGCGGUCGCGGAGGAAUCUGACAAGUCCUAUAUCCGGUACAAUGCAAUCGGCACUGCACUAGGCUUUCUCGUGAACGGUUACAUGUACCAGGUAGGCACGUUACUUCUAACUCUAUAUGUGGACGCGUAUUAUACGGUGUAUGCGAGUACGUUUCUACAGUCUGCGCUCUCUACUUCUGUACUGUACGGCGUUCUCUUUGGGCUCCUUAGCUUUGGAUUCAUCGCCGAUAUCAUCGGACGCAAGGCCGGUCUCAUCGCUUGCUCCUGCAUCGUUAUACUCGGCUCGAUCCUGUCCACGGCAGCGAACGGAAAAACAACUGACGGUAUGUUCUGGAUGAUUAUCGUCGGACGCGCUGUCGUUGGCCUCGGAAUGGGCGGCGAGUACACUUGUAACGUUCCGAAUAUCGUUGAGGAUAGUGAGGAAGUCAGCACGAAAACGCGCGGACGAAGGGUUUCGCUGCUUGUGAUGCUCAUGGAGGUCAUCGGGAACAACACACCGACGCUGAUCCAGCUGAUUCUCAUUGCGGCAGCUUGCCGCCACGUCUACAUCACUUCAUCGUCGUCUACAGGGGUAAGCCUCCCGAAUUGCCGGCCUCAGGUGGUGUGGAGAAUCUCCUACGGGCUGGGCCUCAUUCCGUGCAUCAUCGUGCUUUUCUUGCGGGUUCGCAUGCGCGAUUCUAAAAUGUACCGCAAGGAUGAGAAUCUAAGACGCAAGUCCUAUGAUCUACUGGACCUGUUUGUUAUUUUCCGACACUUUAUCCCACGGAUGAUCGGCACAAUCUUCAUGUGGUUUCUCAUCGACUGGAUCAAUUACAGCCAAGGCACGUUUGGUGGCGUGAUCCUGUCGAGUGUGAUCGGGGCAUCUCUCUUCAAGACGGCUUGGAUCAGUCUCGCCCAGGGCGUGGUGCUCACUCUCGGGCCAGUUGCGGCUGCUCUGGUCGUGGAUCGUCUCGGACGGCGGAAAACGGAGGUCCUCGGAUGGGCGUGGCUCGCCUCCACGCAGCUGAUUACGGCUGGCGUGUACCUCAUGCUUGCAAAGCAUGCGGUAGGCUACGUUAUUUGGACUACUUUCGUAUUCAUUUUCCAGUACUUUGUGUUCAUCCCUGUCUAUCUGGUCCCGGCUGAAGUGUACCCCACUCGCGUGCGUGCAACGCUCUACGGAUGGUCAUCGGCGCUCGGCAAGGUCGGGGGCAUUGUCGGAACGACCGUGUUUCCUUACAUGUGGAGCGCGCUCUCGCCCGAUGGCAACGAGUCCGGCCAUAGCGGCCUCCUUGGACUGCGUAAGAUCCAGUGGAUCUACGCAGGAAUCGAAUACUUCGGUUUGAUCCUUGCUCUCCUAUUUGUCCCGGAGUAUAGUAACGUCAGUCUCAGAGGCGAGGAGAAUCGAUUCCUGGCCAUGCGUGCGCGGUACGCUGCGCGCUUCGCGAAGAGCCUCGGUGCACAGCCCGCACCAGCCGCCUCCUUCGAGAGCAUUCAGAUUGGGCACUACUCCUGGUGGUCCCUGCUCUACCUUCGCCUCUUCCGCAGUCGUGAGGAGUACGCUGCAGCUCUGGAGCAGUACGCUCAGAUGCUGCUUGCGCGCUCCUACAUCACCAAGGUGGAGCAGCUCGAGCAGUACGCUGCUGCGCCCGUCUACUACAACGACCGGACGCUGUUCUCGAAUCUCAUCCGGCGCAUCCGCCUCGGAGCAGAGGGUGCCAGGGAGUACAAUCGCCUGUCGGAGCUGAUGGGCGAGGAGUCCAUGGAGAAUCCAGCCUUUGGCGAGCAGCAGGCGAAGAUCGUGCUGUCUGCGGAUGGUGGUUCGAGCGAUGAAAAAGUAUCGAAGGAAGCAACGGAUACCACCACAGACAACAGCAUGACCUUUUGA